AUGAACGGCACUGAAGGAACCAACUUCUACAUCCCCAUGUCCAACCGGACCGGGCUAGUGAGGAGUCCUUUUGAAUACCCUCAGUACUAUUUGGCAGAACCAUGGCAGUUCAAACUGCUAGCCAUCUACAUGUUCUUCCUUAUCUGCUUUGGGCUACCUAUCAACGGUCUCACGCUGGUGGUAACAGCCCAGCACAAAAAACUGAGACAGCCUCUCAACUUCAUUUUGGUCAACCUGGCUGUGGCUGGCAUGAUCAUGGUCUGCUUUGGAUUUACUGUCACUUUCUACACUGCCAUCAAUGGCUACUUCGCAUUGGGCCCAACAGCGUGUGCUAUUGAAGGUUUCAUGGCUACACUUGGAGGUCAGGUCUCCCUGUGGUCCCUGGUAGUACUGGCCAUUGAGAGAUACAUCGUUGUUUGCAAGCCAAUGGGCAGCUUCAAAUUCGGGGCCAACCAUGCCAUGGCUGGCAUCGGCUUCACGUGGAUCAUGGCUUGCAGUUGUGCCGUUCCCCCAUUGUUUGGUUGGUCCAGGUACAUCCCUGAGGGCAUGCAGUGUUCCUGUGGACCUGACUAUUACACUCUGAACCCUGCCUACAACAACGAGUCCUAUGUCAUGUACAUGUUCUGCUGCCACUUCUGCUUUCCAGUUACAACGAUUUUCUUCACUUAUGGUCGACUUGUGUGCACAGUCAAAGCGGCAGCAGCUUCUCAGCAGGAGUCUGCAUCCACCCAGAAGGCUGAGAAAGAAGUGACCCGAAUGGUCAUCCUGAUGGUUCUGGGUUUCCUUGUGGCCUGGACUCCAUACGCUAGUGUUGCCGCCUGGAUCUUCUUCAAUAAGGGAGCUGCUUUUACUGCCCAGUUCAUGGCUGUUCCUGCCUUUUUCUCCAAGAGUUCCGCCUUAUUCAAUCCCAUCAUCUAUGUUCUCCUCAACAAACAGUUCCGUAACUGCAUGUUGACCACUCUGUUCUGUGGUAAGAACCCUCUUGGUGAUGAGGAGUCCUCUACUGUCUCCACCAGCAAAACAGAGGUGUCUUCAGUGUCUCCAGCAUAG